AUGUAUCCCGACAUUCAGCCAUUCGAGACUGGUACCCUCAAGGUCUCCGAUCUGCACACCCUCUACUAUGAGGUGAGUGGGAACAAGGAAGGGAACCCAGCUGAAGUAACUCGGAUAGGUGGACCUGGAGGUGGCGUGGAUCCGAAGGAUCGCUCGUUCUUUAAUCCUGAGAAAUACAAGAUCAUUUUAUUCGACCAAAGAGGUUCUGGGAAGUCUACGCCCCAUGCAUGCUUGGAGGAGAACACUACCUGGGACUUGGUCAAAGACAUCGAGAAACUUCGGGAAUUGCUUAAGGUAGACAAAUGGCACGUUUUCGGUGGAUCUUGGGGGUCUACCUUGUCCUUGGCAUAUGCAGAGGCACAUCCUGAUCGCGUUAAGAGUCUGGUGCUCCGAGGGAUCUUUACACUCAGGAAGAGUGAACUCAAAUUCUUCUACCAAGAUGGAGCUGGGCAUCUCUUCCCCGAGGCAUGGGAUGACUUCGUUGCACCCAUCCCUGAACCGGAGAGGAAAGACAUGAUGCUGGCAUAUCAUGCGCAGCUCAAUUCCGUCGACGAGCAAACGCAGCUGAUCGCGGCUAGAGCCUGGUCUAAAUGGGAGAUGAUGACUUCUAAGUUGCACAUCGAUCUUGCACAAGUUGCCCGUGGCGAAGAUGAUAAAUUUGCAUUGGCCUUUGCUCGUAUAGAGAACCACUAUUUCGUCAACGAGGGAUUCAUGCGUGACGGACAACUGCUCGAGAAGCAAGAGAUCGACAAGAUCCGUCAUAUCCCAACUAUAGUUGUUCAAGGAAGAUACGACGUAGUCUGUCCUGCCACGACGGCAUAUGCCUUGAAGAAGGCAUUCCCUGAACUUACCCUCCACAUCGUGCCCGAUGCCGGACACUCAGCUCGAGAAACGGGAACGGCCAAACUACUCGUUGAGGCUACGGACAAAUUUGCUGAUCUAUAG